AUGAGUGCCAAGCGCAAAUAUUUCCUCAGCGGACACUGGCUUCAAUUCCAAGCAGAGAGCGCAAAGCAUACAAAACAGAUCAUGAGUUUGUCGUCAAACUCUCAAUCGGGGCAAUACGCAAGCGAAGAGCUGCAGAAUACAGAGGUCGACGCCAAGAGUCUUGACUGGGACGAUCGGUUCGACCCCGCCAACCCUCAUAACUGGCCGUUAUGGAAGAAGUGGAGUACCGCGAUGGUGUCUGCGCUUCUGUGCCUGGCGGUAACGAUGGGCUCCUCAUUGUAUAUGGGAGCAGUGCCCACGCUAGUAAAGGAAUACGGAGUUAACCAGACACUGGCUUGCGCCGGCCUUUCGUUGUACCUUCUCGGGUUGGCAACGGUUGUUGGCGCUCCGCUAUCGGAGGUGUUUGGCCGUAAGCCUGUGUACCUUAUCUCGCUGCCAAUUAGUCUACUAUUUUCUCUCGGAGUGGGACUGUCCAAUGGACGCAUGGCCGUGAUUUUGCCGAUGCGCUUGUUUUCAGGCAUAUUCGCGUCACCGGCGCUUUCGGUAGCGAGCGGAACGAUCGUAGACAUCUUCGAUGUGGAUGAAGUAUCCGUGGCGAUGUCGCUUUUCUGUAUGGCUCCAUUUCUUGGGCCUGUCAUCUCUCCAAUUAUGGGGGGAUACGCUGCGGAGAACGGCGGCUGGCGUUGGGUGGUGUGGAUCCGGCUUAUCUCUGGCGGCGUGCUAAUGCCGAUGCUGAUUGUGAUGCCCGAAACGCACAAGUACAUCAUUUUGGCCAGGCGCGCCCGCAAGCGGGGUGUUAAUCUCCGUAAAUCGAGACCCGGCGAGACUCGCGCCUUCAUCAAGCGCACGCUAACAGAGACGCUCUUCCGCCCUAUCAAGAUGCUGGUGGUUGAGCCGAUUGUGCUCGUCUUCUCGGUGUAUGUCGCCUUCGUCUUCUCGGUGCUAUUCGCCUUUUUCGAAGCGUACCCCACCAUCUUCCGUGGGGUCUACCACUUCACCAUGGGGCAGACCGGCCUCACCUUCAUUGGCAUUUCCGUGGGUCUCUGGCUAGGCAUGAUGCUGUACGUGUGGUACGACCGCAAGUACUUCUUCCCGCCUGCUCCGCCGGGCACCCCGCUGUUGGCAAACCCGCAGAGCAUCCGCGACCAACCCAUGCGCGGUCGCCGCGAUCCGGAGACCGGUCAGCUGGUCCCAUUGGUGCCCGAGAUGUUCCUCACCGUGACAAAGUUCGGCUCUCUCGCACUGCCCGUGGCCCUCUUCUGGCUGGGCUGGUCCGCGCGCCCAUCUGUCCACUGGAUUGUCCCCGCCCUCGCGGGUAUCCCCUUUGGCUUCGGCAUGAUUCUCAUCUUCUUCAGCGUGCUAAUGUAUUUUACGACCACGUAUCCCGUGCUCGUCGUCUCAUCCGCGUUUGCAGCCAACAAUCUCCUGCGUUAUGUGACCAGUUGCGUGUUCCCGCUCUUCACCAUACAGAUGUACGAAAAUCUCGGCAUCGGGUGGGCGUCAUCUGUCUUCGGGUUCAUCAGUUUGGCGCUUGUGCCUGUGCCAUGGAUCUUCGAGCGGUACGGUAAGGCUAUGCGCCACAAGUCUGUCUUUGGCUACAACGCAAUGGCCACCGCCCGCCAACAGGAGGAGAACGCCUCCGAGGGCCAGCUCAAGCUCGACCAUGUCACAUCUUCCGACCCAAUAAAGAACAAAGACUUAAAGGAAGACAGUCAGUGUUAG